UAUAAGGAAAGUGGAAUAUAUAUUUAUUUAAGGUUAUAUGAUACCAUUUUAUUGGUUGAUUUUUUAACGAUUUAACCGAUUUUUUCCUGCGAGAAGAAAUAAGUGCGUCAAUUCACGAAAAUUCCUACAGUCAGUGUAAGAAGUAUUCGUACAGCAACCAAUUUAAAAUAGAAACUAAUAAGAAUAGAAAUAAGAGAUUAACAUUAAAAAUAAUAAACUUUGAUUUACGCAAAAUCUACUCUAAAAAUAUGUAGGAAUGUUGGGUUCCUGUACGAAUACUUAUUACACUAACUGUAUGUAGGAAAGUAAUCACCGCAACAGUAAAUUUGUUGUCAAGAUGAGUAAGAUGUACACAACCGCCAACCACUCCGACAAAGAGUUAAAGGAGCAAGGAAAUCGUCUUUUCAAUCUGCACAAAUACGAGGAUGCUGCGUACUGCUACACCAAAGCAAUUAUUAAAAAUCCAUCCCAAGCGUUAUACUUUACGAACCGGGCGUUGUGUCAUUUAAAAUUGAAACGAUGGGAAUCAUCCUGUCAAGACUGCAGACGUGCUCUUGAUAUUGAUCCAUGUUUGGUAAAAGGUCAUUUUUUUUUGGGUCUUGCACUUCUGGAAUUGGAACUCUUUGAUGAAGCUGUUAAACAUUUACAAAGAGCUGUGGAUUUGGCAAAGGAGCAAAAACUAAAUUAUGGAGAUGAUAUGACCAGUAUUUUAAGACAAGCACGGAAACGUCGAUUUCAAUUAAGGGAAGAACAAAGAAUUGCCCAAGAUAUUGAACUACAAUCAUACUUGAAUCAAUUGAUAGUAGAAGAUGCCGAACGAAGCUUAGCUGCUUUGAAAGAACAGGAAACAACAAAAGAUACAAGUGAUAAAACUGAAGGAGAAACAAUAUCUGGAGAAUUUACAAGACAAAAGGAAGAUAUAGAAGAAAAAAGAGAUACAUGUAUGGCUCGCCUUAAUGAUUUGUUUGCAAAAGUUGAUGAAAGAAGAAGGAAGAGAGAAGUACCCGAUUAUUUAUGUGGAAAAAUCAGUUUUGAGAUUUUGCAAGAACCUGUAAUUACACCAAGUGGAAUUACAUAUGAACGGAAAGACAUUGAAGAACAUUUGCAAAGGGUAGGACACUUUGACCCAGUUACUAGAGUACGCUUAACUCAAGAUCAGCUGAUCCCUAACUUAGCAAUGAAAGAAGUAGUAGACACGUUCCUUCAAGAAAAUGAGUGGGCAUUACAUUAUUAAUAUAUAUAGUUAGAUUACUGCCAUAUUUGUAUGAUAAAUAGCUAUCUUAUGAUUAUUUCUGGGUCCUAUUAAAUUACACAAAAAUACGUAUCAUUACAUUAUGAAUAGUAAAUAGAUAAUGCAUUUGUAUAAAAUUCAAGUCAAACUUUUGUUACUUUAAGUUAGUGUAUUCAAUUCAUUAUUAUCAUAAAGUUUAUUAAGAAUAUUAAGUAAAUAAAAAAAUUUACUUUAUAAGCGUUCUCUUAAAUCUUAAAUGUCUAUGUAUUAAAGGUAAAAAAACAGCACAGUACCCUUAAAUAGGUUAUUAGGUGAUAUGUGUCAUAUAUGCUACAAUUGUAUAUCUUUCUUUCUCAUAAAUAAUAAAUAAAGUGUGUCAUAUAUAUUA